UUUGAAAUAUGAAGACGGAAGUGACCUUGGAAUAGACUCAGAAACAAAGAGACCAAAAGAAAAUACUACUAUAACGAAAACAGUCGGAAAGAAAAAGAAAGCGGACGGAAGUAGCAGCCAACGUCUGUGGCGAUCAGCGAAAAACGUCACACCAAAAGAAAACAUUGAUUUACUGAAGAACAAUGCACCCCUUGGAGAGCAUACUGAGAAUGAUGACUGCAUACAAUCAUUAUCAGCACAUCACUUCAGUAUGAAACAAUUGAUGACUUUUGGCUUUCUAAAAAUCCCGGUCAUGCAGGGAGGAACGGCACAAUAUCUCUUGUGGUUGAUUGUAGCUGCGAUCCUCAUUUCUGGAUCUCUUGGGGACUACACCACAAAUUGUUCCUCUCUGCUACUGGGACAGUACCUGUGUCUAGACCUCAACAUUGCGCCUGAGACCCAGCAACCGCGAGGAUGCACUGAAA